AUGGUCAACGACGAUGAUUCAAUAUCGACCACAACACUUGGCACAAAUGGUUUCGCAGAUAUGUCCCUCGAUAUUGGGUUCCCCGACGAUUUAUCUAUAUCGCACCGAAGUUUACCCGAAUUGGAUCAAGAUGCUAUGGAAGAUGAUGAAAUGGAUGGUGUUGUGGAUGAACUACCCAUUCCAUCGCCCAAGCGCAAGAAGGGGAACCCUCCUGCUCAGUCUCCUAAGACACAGACGCCUGACGCUAAGGAGGAGAUUCAACAGCAACUCGAAGAUCUCACCAACGGUAAUGAGUCUAUCGGUGAACAAGAAGAAAUCCACGAGGACGAAGAAGAAGAAGCGGUUGCAUCGAAGAAGUCCAGGAUGGAUAAAGGGAAAGAGAAGCAGAAGGAGAAGGGACAAGCAAGGAAGAAGGAAACUCGUCGCGAAGGUGUGCGCCGCAGUCAACGAAGACCCAUCAGACCACUCGAGUGGUGGAGAAACGAGAAAUAUGUGUAUGAACGGCCUACGCAUGGCACCGUCCUUGUACCUCACAUUAAAGAAAUCAUUCGAAUGCCGGAGGAACCGAAGGAGCUUUUAGGCAAACAUCAUAAGCGGAAGCGAGGUAGAAGUAAGACCGUUCAACCUGCGGAUGACCCCGAAGAAAGUUGGGAUGAUGAUACAAAUGCUGUAGUCAGUGUGAUUGUUUGGAAGACGAAAGAGCCAAAGGAUAAACGAAUAAUCUGUCUUGCCAAGGAUAUCAAACCUCAUCGCGUUGCCAACAGCGAAUGGGCAUACCAAUGGAUUUUCGGCGACGACAAUUUCACAGCUUCUGGUCACCUAACCAUCCCAGUGCACGGAAGAAAACCGACUAAGACUACCAAAGAUAACACCUAUGUUUGCGCCAUCAAUCUGAAAAUACACGAGACGAGUAGCUUUUUGUGUACUGGUGCUCAGUUCAUGGUCGCUCGAGGAAACACAUAUUUCAUCGAGAUCAUCGGCGAUCGUGAGGCGAAGCUUUUCUUCGCGCAGGCUCGACAAGAGCCAACAGUUGAAAACCCAGAAUCUCCAUGCAAGCUAAACGCUCUGCCGCGUAACUCAAGUGUUGCGGGAUUGUGA